CCAAAAGCAAAAUGCAUGUCCAAAUCACCGAAACAGCUCUUGUCGCGCCUACCACAAUUCCCUUCCACGACGACCACGUCCUCCCUCUCUCCCACAUCGACAACGACCCCAACCUCCGCGUCACCUUCCGCUACCUCCGCGCCUACGCCGGCACGGCCACCGACCCCUCAUCCGAUCCGUUCGACAUCAUCGCCUCCGCCCUCUCCUCCACCCUCGUCCGCUACUACCAGCUAGCCGGCUCACUCCGCCGUGGCCCCAACCGGCGCCUCGAGCUCCUCUGCUCCAAAGGCCAAUGCGUCCCCCUCAUCCGCGCAUCCGUCGACUCUACCCUCUACUCCGUCGGCUCCCUUGACGACGCGGACGAGCGUUUCGUCGAGCAGCUCGUGCCAAACCCGGGGCCAGUCGAGGGCCUGGCGCGGCCCUGCAUUCUCCAGCUCACCAUGUUCGAGUGCGGGGGAUACACCCUCGGGACGGCGAUUCACCACUCGAUCUGUGACGGGCUCGGCGCGAGUCAGUUCUUCAACGUAAUGGCCGAGUUGGCUCGGGGAGUGGUGAGUGGUUCGCCGGUUCAGCCGGUCUGGGAUAGGCAAAGCUUUCUUCGGCCGAGGGAGUUUCUGCGAGAGGAGGUGCCGAUCGGGGAGUUCUUGAGUUUGGACGGCGGGCUCUCGCCGUACGAGCAGCCGAUCGGCCCGGUCGUCAGGGAGUGCUUUCAUGUGACGGACAAGUGCUUGAACCUGUUCAAGAAAGAGCUGUUGGAUCGCUCCGGGUUUAGCUUUACCACCUUUGAGGCGCUCGGAGCUUUCAUUUGGCGAGCUAAAGUUAAGGCAGCGAAAAUUCCCGGAGAUGAAAUUGUGAAGUACGCAUAUUCACUCAACAUAAGGAAGCUAGUAAAGCCCCCACUUCCUCCUGCCUACUGGGGCAACGGCUGCGUCCCAAUGUAUGCCAAAAUCAGCGCCGAGGAUUUAGUUGAGAAGCCAAUUUGGGAAACGGCGGAGCUGAUCAAGAAGAGCAAAAGGAACGCCACCGACGAGUACGUGCGCUCGUACAUCGACUUCCAGAGUCUGCACUGCGGGGAAGGAUCAUAGGUGAGCGCGUUCACAGACUGGAGACACUUGGGGCACUCGACCGUGGACUUCGGUUGGGGAGGUCCCGUUACAGUUUUGCCGCUCUGCGGGCACCUUCUCGGCAGUGUUGAGCCUUGCUAUUUCUUGCCUUACUCGACGGCGAGCGUCGGAAAGAAGGACGGGUUCAAGGUCUCAGUCACUCUACGUGAGAAAGCCAUGCCUGCUUUUAAGGCCGAGAUGGACAAGUUUGGUAAGGGAGAUUUCGGGUUGUCAUCCUAGAUGCGUGUGACACGCUUUUAAGUUUUAUGGAGUAUUUUUAUUAUGUGAUGGAAAUAUAAUAAAUUACUAUCUAAAAAAA